UCUGAUUGGUCGAAUGGACACUGCUUUUUUUCUCGCGAUUGUUUCCCGUGUGGGUUAAUGGCUCCUCCUGCUACAGACUGAGACGGAGCUGGCACGAAGCAGCGACAGAGGGGAAGCUGUAACACCACGGAGAAAAAAAGGCGAAUACACCCCGAAUACUAGCGGGUUUUUGGUCGCGGCUGUUUGGGUGUGUUUAGGGAAGAGACUGUACGGGGGGUAGUUUGGGUCGAGGACUAAAUUCAGCAGCGGGCGGUCGAGGUCUAUUUUUCAUCAACCAACUCCCCUGAUGAACUCCGUCAGAGCCACCAACAGGAGACCCAGGCGAGUGUCGAGGCCGCGCCCGGUGCAGCCCGAACGGAACAACGGGGAUAGAGAUGAGGAGGCUCCUGCAGCAGCUGCAGCAGAGAUGGCUAUUGAGGAGUCUGGUCCAGGAGCCCAGAACAGUCCCUACAAGCUUCGACGCAAGACCCUGCUUCCCAAGAGAACCGCUGCUGCCUCUGCCACCACCUCUGCCUGCCCCAGCAAGGGCCCGAUGGAGGGAGCUUCCACCUCAUCGACAGAAGCCUUUGGCCAUAGAGCCAAGCGGGCACGAGUGUCCGGUAAGAGCCACGACCUGCCAGCAGCCCCAGCAGAACAGUAUCUGCAGCAGAAGCUCCCAGAUGAAGUCGUUUUGAAGAUCUUCUCCUACUUACUGGAACAGGACCUCUGCCAGGCGGCUUGUGUCUGCAAAAGAUUCAGCCAACUAGCCAACGACCCCAUCCUAUGGAAGCGACUAUACAUGGAGGUGUUUGAAUACACCCGUCCCAUGAUGCACCCUGAACCAGGCAAGUUCUACCAAGUCAGCCCUGAGGAACACGAGCACCCAAACCCCUGGAAGGAGAGUUUUCAGCAGCUGUACAAAGGUGCCCAUGUAAAACCAGGCUUUGCUGAACAUUUCUACAGUAACCCUGGGAGAUAUAAAGGCAGAGAAAAUAUGCUGUAUUAUGACACCAUUGAGGAUGCACUGGGUGGGGUACAAGAGGCCCACUUUGAUGGUCUAAUCUUUGUUCACUCUGGCAUCUAUACUGACGAGUGGAUUUAUAUAGAGUCCCCCAUUACUAUGAUUGGUGCAGCUCCUGGUAAAGUAGCAGAUAAGGUGGUGAUAGAGAAUACCAGAGACUCAACAUUUGUCUUUAUGGAGGGUUCAGAGGAUGCCUACGUUGGAUACAUGACCAUCAAGUUUAAUCCUGAUGACAAGUCGGCACAGCACCAUAACGCCCAUCACUGUCUGGAGAUCACAGUCAACUGCAGCCCCAACAUCGACCACUGCAUCAUCCGUUCUACUUGCACAGUGGGUUCAGCUGUGUGUGUGAGUGGCCAGGGAGCAUGUCCAACCAUCAAACACUGCAACAUCAGCGACUGUGAGAAUGUAGGACUGUACAUUACAGACCAUGCACAGGGCAUUUAUGAAGACAAUGAAAUCAGCAACAAUGCCCUAGCAGGAAUUUGGGUGAAGAACCACGGUAAUCCCAUCAUUAGGCGUAACCACAUCCACCAUGGACGAGAUGUUGGAGUGUUCACCUUUGAUCACGGGAUGGGUUACUUUGAGAACUGUAACAUCCAUAGAAACCGUAUAGCAGGCUUUGAGGUGAAGGCCUAUGCCAAUCCCACAGUAGUGCGUUGUGAGAUUCACCAUGGCCAAACAGGAGGCAUCUAUGUGCAUGAGAAGGGGCGGGGACAGUUUAUAGAGAACAAAAUCUAUGCUAAUAACUUCGCUGGUGUGUGGAUCACAUCCAACAGUGACCCAACAAUACGGGGAAAUGCUAUAUUCAAUGGCAACCAAGGAGGUGUGUACAUAUUUGGUGAUGGGCGGGGUUUGAUAGAGAAUAAUGAUAUCUAUGGCAACGCCUUGGCGGGAAUCCAGAUCCGAACCAACAGCUGCCCCAUUGUACGACACAACAAAAUCCACGAUGGGCAGCAUGGCGGCAUCUAUGUGCAUGAGAAAGGCCAGGGGGUGAUCGAGGAGAAUGAGGUUUACAGCAACACGCUGGCCGGCGUCUGGGUGACCACAGGCAGCACUCCUGUCCUCCGCAAGAACCGCAUCCAUAGCGGGAAACAGGUAAAAGCGACACAGCUGAAUGUGUUGGCUUCAUGUCAGAUGAGGACCCUGGUCACCUGUUUUAUCCAUUUAUUUUAAUUUUAUUAUUAUUAUAAAAGUCGCAAUGGCGGUCUUACUUGGUCUGACCUAGUAACAUUUAGGUUUCACUUUCAACAUGGCACAAGUUGGAAUUGUGUGAAGUCUUGCUAACAAAAUUAUGAUGUAGGAUGUUAUGUAGAGUGGACCUAC